GCACGAAGAUAUCAGAAGAAACUCAUGAUGACAACGCAAAAUAAAACGAUGAUUUAGUAAAAUGUAAAUUAUUCACCUGCAAGUCAUAUAAAUAGGCAGAAAAAUUCUUUGGAUUCUCAUUAUUUAAGAGCAAGAAAACAUAGAUAUGGCUCUUACUGUAAAAGCUUAUUUAAACUACAAUUCUGAACCAGAGAUACGACGAUUUUCUGUGGAGGCAGAUGCAACCACAAGUUUUGAGUAUCUUCUUGGAAAAAUUCGUUGCGUUUUCCCAAAAUUGAACCGAGAAGAACUGCAGCUCUCAUGGAAAGACGAAGAUAAUGAAUUUGUGGUGUUUUCAAGUGAUGAUGAAUUAAUUGAAGCUUUAACAGCAGUGCAACAAGAUUUAUUUCGUGUUUACAUCAAAGUUUUGGUCAAGAAAGAAUUCAAAAACUUUAAAGAGACAGUAAGAGGUGAUAUUCAUCCCAUGGUCACAUGUGAUGGAUGUGAAGGACCUGUGAUUGGUUCAAGAUUUAAAUGUAUGGUUUGUCCUGAUUUUGAUCUUUGUGGUAAGUGUGAGCAAAAUGGUCUUCAUCCACAACAUAUUCUAAUGAGAAUACGUACACCAUCGUCAUUUGUUCCACCAUAUCCGUCAUGGUUCAUGCCUUGGCUACAUCGUAGAGGUAUGGGUCCCAGACCUGGUGGGUCUGGUCCUUGUCAUGGUGGCUAUCGUAGAGAUGGAUCUUCUCAGUCUCCCAAUGGUCCUCAAACAUCUAGAGGUCAAUCUGGUGGUGAAGCAUUUUUUCAUCAAAUGGGAGAGGCUUUGAAUUCUUUCCUUGAGCCAUUUGGUGUUGAUGUCCACACAUAUGUUGGAGAUAAGAAAGAAUGUGGUCAGCAUGGAGGAGAGAAAAAUACUGCUGACUCGGGGCAAUGUUCACAGAGCAAGCAGAAAAAAGAUGAUGUGGAAGAACCAAUGGAAGAAGUUUUGACUCCAGUUUCUCAUGAUGGUGAUCACACAUAUGUUGUUGUUGAUCAUGACAAAGAUCCUUUGAAAGUUGCAUUAGCUCAUAUGAAAGCUAUGGGGUUUCAUGAUGAAGGUGGCUGGUUGACGCAAUUGUUGAAGGCUAAAAAUUUUGACAUCAACAGGGUUCUUGACACAAUUCAACAUCCUGAAAAAAAGUUUUCCUGAUUUUUAUAUGUUGUACUUUCAUAUUGUAGGGAAUUUAGAGAACAUCUGUACACACCAGAUCAUAGUUGAAUUUACUUAAAUAGAAAUUGCAUGGUUAAUGAAAAUUUGUCAAUAUAUCAUAUAUACAUAUAUCAUGAGAAGAAACAAAAAGAUAAUUUCAUAAAAUUCCAAUUAGUUGUAUUGAAGUAUGAUUUUCUGAAUUAUUGUCAUCAUUCCUUCUCCUUGAA